AUGUAUGAGCCCUCCAUCUAUCACUCUGACAGGUGUGUCCCCCUCUUCCCUCUCACCCCCUACAUGAGCUCGGGUGUCCCUUUUCACAAUGGGGGGCCCACGCGGGAUAGGUCUGGACAGGGGCCCCAGGAUGUCCCUGGGAUAGACUGCCAGUCGGGCGUGGCUCUCCAAGUGCUGAUGGCCCGUUGUCAGGGGAAACGGAGCUGUUUGGUCCGGGCGUCCACACGAGAGUUCGGGGACCCCUGUUACUCUGGCACCAGGAAAUACCUCAGUGUCAUCUACACCUGUGGUCCAGAGGGAGAGGUGACGUUGUACCAGUACGGCUGGCAAGACUGCACCACCAUCCUCUUCUAUUUCUUCAUCACCAUCAUCCUCCACGCCGUGGUGCAGGAGUACGUCCUGGAUAAAGUGAAUAGGCGCCUCCAUCUCUCAAAAAGCAAGAACACCAAGUUCAGUGAGUCAGGCCAGCUGUGUGUGUUUCACCUGGUGUCCAGCGUGUGGAGUUUCUACAUACUUAUAACAGAAGGAUACGUGUUUCACCCAAGCAGCCUUUGGGAGAACUACCCACAUGUCCACCUCCGGUUUCAGGUGAAGUUCUUUUACCUCACUCAGCUGGCCUACUGGCUUCACGCCCUGCCUGAGCUCUACUUCCAGAAAGUACGCAAGGAGGAGAUCCCUCGCCAGCUGCAGUACAUCUGUCUCUACCUGCUUCACAUCUCUGCAGCAUACCUGCUCAAUUUGAGUCCUGUGGGCCUGGUACUCCUCUGUCUGCAGUACCUGUCUGAGCUGGGCUUCCACAUCGCCAGAAUAUUCUACUUCACUGAUGAGAGCCACCAAAAGAUGUUUGACCUGUGGGCCGUGAACUUUGUGUUCACGCGGAUGGUGACCCUCACACUUGUGUUCCUGGCUGUGGGUUUUGGGUUGGCCCGUGCCGAAAACCAGGGGCUGGACUGGGACAUGGGCAACUUUAACACUGUGCUGAUACGGAUGCCUGUGUUGUUGCUGGUGAGUCUGACCCAGUCCUGGCUCCUGUGGAAGUUUAUCCGUUUCCAGCUGAAGCGGUGGCGAGAGUUCAGACAUGAACAGGUCGCUAGGAAGAGGGCCGCCGCCAAGCAAACCCCCCGACCGCUGAAGAGAGACUCCAUUGGCCACCAUGAAAACGGCGCAAUAAAAGCUGAGAACGGAGCCUCUCCUCGACCCAAGAAGAUCAAGGCCCCCUAAUGGCUCCACCCAUCAUGGCUGCCUGAACAGUGACCCUGACUAUAUGGCUUCUCAAUCAGAGGAACAAGAAACUGGUCCCACACCAUUCAUCCUCUUCCUGUUUUGCGUAUUUUCUGGAGGUGAUGUGGGGGCUGCGUCUGUCGCCAUGGCCACAAGGCUUAAAAAAUGCAAUUCCAAAACCAAACCCCCCUCGCACCCUGAACAGACAUUUACUCUCAUAUCAGUAUUUUUUUAUACAACUGUCUGCUAUGGACACUCUGGUUCUGAUCUCCAUGUAUACUGAACGAUGUAUGUUAUUUGUGGCACACUGUAUACUGUAAUAUUGAAUGUGUUGAUGCCUGUUCCUUGUGCGUUAAGAACUGUACUGGUCUGGGGUUUGUCCAGAUGCAGCUGUUGUUUAGCUCUGCUGUUGAAUGAGUCGCCUUCGCUUUUGUUUUUAGCAUGAGUCGUAUUCAUUAGGCACCAAACGGAAGAAAACUGACUGAAACGUGGAAGGACUAGACUUGCCCAAGAAGAAACACUCAUUUUCGGUUUCCUUUGCAAAAUGUUUUGUGCCCUAAUAAACACGACCCUGGUUACUUGGUGCAGGAAGAAUGUUGCUGGUUCUACAGGGAUAUCAGAGCGUUCUGGCUUUGCUACCCAAUCAGUGACGGGCGGGACCAAGUUGAGAUUGGACCAAUUAUAGGGUUCUGGUUACUCCUUGGCCCCUCCCUCUGGGCCAUGGUCGGUGUGGCUCGGACCGUGCUGUGGUCACUACACAAACAUCCUGAUGACCACCAUGUAUGUUGGAUAAUACUGCAUGCUAUUCCAUUGUUUUGAGUUUUUCUAUUUUUACUUUAUUAAAUAAUGCAUUGUU